GGGAAUCCCGAAUUAUUUACAUUUUUUUUCGGGGCACGUUGAUUGCUUUCUUGGACAUACAUAUACGCAAACUUUACUGCGUGAAGAGGGACAGAUUUGAUAAAUCAUUUGUGGUGCGCAAAAGAGUCUGACUUCAUAUUUGGACUUCACUCUUGUAAACAUGCUUAACAACAUGGAUUUGAACUCCCAAGACUCAUUCUACCUCCAGUUCGAAAACUCCUCUCUUGGAAGGGACGCUAAUGGAGAGAAGGAUCAUCAGGAUAUGUUUGUGCAGGCUGACAGCGCGGCACCUGCUCCAUUCGCAACCGGAGGGACACCUAUUACCCCCAAAACGGAACCUACAAAUUCAGAUUUUCUCUAUAACCCCUGCGACGGCGCAAAAAGUGGCUACGUUUCCUCCCUCGCCUACUCUGGCAGCUUCUAUGUUGAGACAUCUCAGGGCGCAUCGUGCUGCACGGAGACUCUUCUCAACAUGAUUACCGAGAUUGUCGGUAUUUCAACUACGCCUCUAACUGAGGUGCAGCCGCAGAGCGGUACUGGGACGUCGUACACCACCAGCCCACCUCCGAUGGACAACACCAGCGGCAGUUUUCGGGACGCGGGGGUCCAGAGGCAAGCGCCCGCUUGCAGCACCUCUCCGCCCCUUUUCCCCCCGGGGAAUAUGUGUCAAACGUUCUCUGACGCGCAGACCAGCACACAAGCUUCCGAGGCGGCCUCCACUCAGUUGAACUUCUCCCUCCCCACACCAGUUGUGAGCCAAAAGCCAUCUGAACCCCAGUCUGAGACGGCCACGUUCCCCGUUGUUGUGAAGAAUGAAUUCGAAAGCAGCUGCUAUGAAUGGGGCGCCUUUAAUAAGCCGGACACUUACUUGGACGCGGGGUUUCAGCCCGAGACAUUUCCGAUGUCAAGUGAUUUCCCACCUGACCAAGUCGAUGUCAAAGAUCUCCUGGACACGUUUUCCCCUAUUUGCCCAAACCCAGACAUGGAGUUCAAAGUAGAGAAUGUGAUCAAACAGGAGCAGUGUUUCUCGGAUACAUGCUCACAAAGUUUUAGCACGCCACUUUUUAAUUACCCUUCCCCAGCUAUUGAUCUCUCAACCAAUAAUAUUCUGAAACCGACUUUAUUUCCAAAUAUUGAGCUGCAGCAACUGUCAAGUCAGUGCGACACCUCUUACACAUCUUCCACUAUUGACUCGAUUUUGUAUUCCUCGUUGCUGCCGGAGUCUUUUAACCAGACCUACACUCGGCCACCAAAGGCCCCCCGCGCGAAGAAAACUCCUGGUUCCACUGGCCCCGCCAAAGAAAAGCCCUUCACCUGUCCUAUGGAAAACUGUGACCGACGCUUCUCCAGGUCUGACGAGCUCAACAGGCACAUUCGCAUCCACACCGGACACAAACCCUUUCAGUGCCGCAUCUGUUUACGCAGCUUCAGUCGAAGCGACCAUCUGACAACGCACACCCGGACUCACACGGGCGAGAAGCCAUUCUCCUGCGACGUAUGCGGCAAACGAUUCGCAAGGAGUGACGAGAGAAAGCGCCAUGGACGCGUUCAUCUCAAACAAAAAGAGAAGAUGGAACUGAAGCCUCAAGUGAUCAGCGCGUGGCCAUUCACUCUACCCGAAGGCAUCUGAAGUGCUCAUUAAAAUGCGCUUUAAAUUGGCUUUAUGUCAAAUCUUUCCGUCUUGGAAGAUUCAGCCCGUGUAAACAGCUGGUCACUGAUCGAUGUCUGUGCGGUGUGGCUUGGUUCCGAGAGACCUGGCUUGAGUGUCUAAGGCCUGAGAGAAGUCAGAAAGACAGUUUCUCAUGAGAAACAGAAUGCUUUAGAAGGCGCCUGACUUUAGGGGAACUGCUGUUCGACCCCCUACUUACAAAGAGCUGCUGAUCCCCUAUGCAACACAUACAUUAAUUGAUUGUAAAAGACUUCCAAGUGACCAUGCAGACAAACCGGUUUUCCAAACGAUUUCACCAGUUUGCGAGGGCAUGCAGCAGCAGAACAUUAAGUGGUCUAGUACUUUCAGUGCUGGACAGCUCCAAGCACUACACAAAAGCCUAAAACGGUACUACACCGGAGAGCUGGAAUGUAUUGCACUUAUCUACACUGAGAUGUCCACUUUCAAAUUGAGAGUCUUUAAUGCUUCUGGGGCUUUUGUACACCAUCGCUGCCAGCAGUUAUACUUGUUUGAAAUGCAUGUUUAUUCGGUAUAUUAUUGAUUAAGAAACGAUCACAAGGUGGUCCUUACGAGUGGAGGAAAUGUUACUGACCUCCUUUUACAUGAAUGUAAGAUAUGAUGGCGUGACUACAAAGCGAUUCAUUUGUGCCAAGGUUUCCAGAUUUAUUUUGUCUCUUUGUUUUCUGUUACAAUGGUUUUGAAUAGUUAUUGUGUUGUUCUUAAUAAUGGCAAAAUAAUUAAUCGUGUAGGACGUACGUGGAUAAUACGUGGAUAAAAUAAAUAUAUUUGUAUGACUAUAUUUAAUUUGUAUUUUUAUAACGGUGUAUCUAUAUUUCCAUACAACUGUUAUUGUUGAUUUUUUAAAGAUAUACUGAAUUUCUAAACUUACUCACGAUGUUCAUGUGUGAAAGGUUUUUGCAAGGACUCAGGAAAGUGAUUAAUCCAGUUCCAGAAAAUAACUGAUGUCAUGCUGGGAAAUACCAGAGCUGCAAAACUGGCACUGAAAAUGUUCUGGCAAAAGGACAGAAAGAGCUGGAUAUUACCCAGUAUGGACAUAGAUUAACAUGACAUCAUUUAAACAUUAAACAUGUGUUGGAUCACAAGAUAUGUAUAUAAUAUGAAUUACAAAUGAGUUGUAGUUUAUGACAACUGGCUGGCCAAAGCCAGAACAUUUGCAGUUGAGUAACCAGGUAGCACACAUUGCUGCGAUAUCCUGUACCUCUUUUAUAGAUGAGCUGUUUUAAAAGGCAUCCUAACACAACUGACAUGUGACAUGUGCACAACUCUAAUGUCUUGAAUGAGAUUGUCAAGAACAAUCAGGGUAAACAAAGAUAAUGUGAACAUGCCUUAAGUUAUAUUAACUGCUUGGAAAUUUUGUAUAUAUUCACACUGUUUAUACAGAAUACUUUGA